GGGCCCAGCCCACUUCAAAGUUGGGCCUUUAGUCAAAGCCAUGAAAAUUGCUCUGCCUGUUGUUUACGAAGAAAUAAAAUAGAACAAAACAAACGAAACUCCGCCUCGCCUGCUUCUUUCCUUCUUCGGUCUUGGGUCUUCCUCAAUCCUCCGUCGCCGGCGGUUUAAUAUUCCCGUCCUCAAAGUUGACAUUCUGGUUAUAUGCGGAGACGCCUCUAUUCAUCUAAGCUUGGGAGCUAAGCGUACUGAUUCUGUGAUUCAUUUCCGGGAAGCAAGCUUUUAUUUCUACGUGGCGUAAAGUUUGAAACUCGAAGCCGAUCUGGUCGUGAUCCAUUGGGUUAGUGUUCAUCUUUCUUCGUCACCAAUUGUUUUUCCCUUUGGAUGUUUAUAUCUCUGAUUACCCGGAAGAAAUCCAUUCCUCUCAAUCUUCCCAAUCUUGGAUUCAAUCGGAAGCUCGUCGUAUGAAGGAACUUCGUAACUUCUUAGAUCGUUUCCUAGACUGCCUUCAACCUGUUCGAUGAAUUGUCUGACUUAGCUGAUAAACUUUCGCUAUCUCUCCAAUCGCGUCAACACAUUGAAUGUUUGAAACCCAUAUAGGAUGUACAUACGUGGAUUGAUUUUCUGGUGUUUGCUGGUUCUCCAUCUCCCACCCAGAGUUUCAGCCAUAAGAAAAAACAUUGGCUUCCUGGGAAAUCAGCUUUGUAGAACUACUGUUCAAGGAAGGUAUCUACUUUCAGACGAAAAUGGCCGUGUAUGCGAUGCUCUAUCGCUUGAUCCCCAAUCCCGAUGUUGCCCCAUGAAAGGAGAGAGGUUCCCCUGUAAAGGAUGCAAUCUUCUCUCACAAUGUUGCAAUUCCUAUGAAUAUUGCGUUUCUUGCUGCCUGAAUCCAUCCACAACACUUGUUGAUGAAGUAACUAAGGUGAAGAUGGCCAAGACUGCAACUUCGGGGACUUAUCCGAGCGUAUUCGAUUUCUGUUCAGGGAGGUGCCGCCAUAACUCUGGCAGCGUGGUUCAUGAGAAUGCUUAUAUCAGCGAGUUCCACCAUUGCUUCUCUCUGCCCUCGAAUCAAUCUGUGGAUGAUCAUACGCAGCUAGAAGCACGGCUGAUUGGAGUUAAUGUGGUGAUUGGCGGGCAAGGUGAGUCGUGUGAUUUGGUCUGCAAGUCGCAAGGGCAGUCUUGUAUUGUGAACAAGCUUCUGGUGCUCAAUCAGUGUGAGAUCAUGAAGAAGUAUAUGAGUUGUAAAGGAGGGUGUCUGGCUAGUGUCGGAAGUGAUCAGCCUGCUGAAGUUGUUGAUGAUGCUCCAAAAGAUCUGAAUCCCGGUACUUGCUUGUACACGAAGCCACAGUCGAUGCUCUCGUGUGACGGUUCUCAUCUUCACACCCAGAGACUCUGCCCUUGUGCCUAGUGAUAACGCAAACGAGUGAGUUAGCUGAUCUGAAUUCACCACAGUACUGCUGUACAAUUGAGAAAUUUUUGUAACAAUGUCGGGAGUUGAGAAUGAGUGAAUGACCCUGUAAAUUGUAAGGGUCUCUUACUUGAGCCUGCAGAUGGUUAGUUGCUCUUCUGCUUCUUUGCUUGUUUAUGCUUAUAGGUUGCUUGCUUCAAUGAAUGAAUACUACCUCAAUUUUUUUGGGGCUCUUUUUUGCUGUAUUCGUUACAAUGCAAAGUAGCAGAGUUGUCUUUCAACAUGUGCAAUGGUAUAACCUUUGGUAUUAGCUCAGCGGCUCUGAUCGGAACCUACCAUCAUCUUGUUCUUUCAAGAUCAGCUUAAGGUUGGCAUUCAUUUCCUUCUCUUACCAACUAUUUUGCACAUUCAAAUCUACAGGUUGUAACUUCGAUGAAGUUUUUACUGUGUGCAGAUGUCCAUUUUGGACUCUUCAACGUCAAUUUGCGGUUGGUGUACUGUCCUCCGCCGAGACAAAACUCUUCGUUUAGCAGCACUGUGGACUUUCGCAGUAGGAUAAUGGCGACAACUGCAAACCGUCACCACCGAUCAAGGUAUAGAGAAAUUAGACGCUUCCAAUCUCGCGCCACGUUGGUCGUCGGCCGGUUAACAUGACAUUGACUCCUAUGGUUGUAAAAGAAUCCCCUAAUUCCUGAAUUUUGACUAUGCGGGCAGUAGAACCCAAAAAAUUGUCAAAUCUCUUUCAGGAAGAAGAAAAAAACCAAAUGCCA